GGCAGAACCAUGAUCGGCCUAGCUCUCACAUUCGUAGCGUUGGCUGCUACUGCAGCCGCCACUGGUUAUAUUGAUGGCCGCGAGUAUGUAUACAAAUAUACAGGCAAUAUUCAUACGGGUUAUCCUCGCAUCAAAUCUCAAUUCAGUGGAUAUGCAUUUAAAUCAGACCUCAUCAUCCAACCUCAUGGAGAUUAUGCUUUCUUGAAGGUUGACCACGUCCAAAAGGCCCAAUUUAAUGACGAAUUUGAGGAUGUUCGAAGGUUUCAGCAUGCAUACAGUCCUAUGCCUCCCCAUGCUGAGUUCCUCACCAGGCCGUUCAAAGUACAUCGAAAGAAUGGAGUUAUAACUCACAUCGAAGUAACGAAGGACGAACCUGCUUUCUCUGUCAACUUGAAGCGUGGGUUAGCUUCCUUGUUCAACCUCAACUUCGACCAAUAUGACUCUGGUUCGAAUAAUGUUGAAGAUAACGACAUCCACAGGCCUGAUCCAGAUGCACAUUACUACAAAAUCAAUGAGGAAGGCAUUUUGGGCGAAUGUGAGACUGCCUACGUGAUCGAGCACCACCCCUACUACAAGACUCCACACAACAACAUUGUGCUCAAUGUCACCAAAGUGAAAAAUUACCACAAAUGCAGCACCAGGCCUUCUCAAGUGUACUCGGUGUUCCACGGACAUGAAUGCGGCAAAGCUCCCUAUGAAAAAGCGCACACUUUACAUGGAAACGGACACUACCAUUACGACAUUCGUGGUGAUCGUCAUCACUACGUUAUUGAACAAAUUCGAACUGAAGGAGAAGUUGCUUACACACCUUACCCCUUGGAAGGUCAGACUGUUUCCACAGUCAUAAGCCGUCACUUGCAGUUGGUAGAGGAAAGACCAGUCACAACUUCAUUGGACACAGGAGCUGAAUACGUCAGUCAUAGAUCUCUCGUAUACGAUUUCGAUCAUCAAAGAGAUUUCAAAGAAACAAUAGAUCUCAAGCAGCCACAUUAUCUCUAUUUCUUGACCGGAAGGAAAGUUCCAGUGAGCGAGGUCCACCAUCAAGUUGAUGAAUUACUAACUGUAUACCAAGAUGAGUCCUAUCAAGAGAAGAUUAAAGACAAAAAUUUCCCCGCAAAAUUUGUUGAACUCGUUCGAUCUGUCUCAACUCUUGGAUACGAAGAAAUCAACGAGUUGUACACUGCAUAUGGCGACGUCCCCAAGACCGGUGCCACCGAACAACAAAAGAGAUCCAGGAACUUGUUCGUUGAUGUCCUCGUGAGCGUGGGCACCAACCCGGCGUUCGAGUUCGGCAAGCACUUGUUGCAAAGCAAAUUGUUCCGUCCACAAGAGGCCAUACACUUCAUUACCCAGUUGCAAUUCCACACCAAGGAAGUCAGUCAGUCAUUGCUGGACUCAAUUCAGGAACUGUGCGACAGCGUGAAGAAACACCAACAGCUCCAUGUUGCUUGCGCCAUCAGCCUGGGUAACAUUAUCCAUGACCACUGUGUCGCCAAAUACCACCCAGAAGGUGACGUUCCACAAGGAAAGAAUACCUGCCCAUUGGAAGCAGCUGUAAAAUAUUUCGAAUACAUUGCUCAGAAUUACGAAAGCUCUACUGAUGAAAAAUUGAAAGCUGCUUAUGUGAAAGUUGCUGGUAACCUUGGAGUAAAAGAAGCGUUCCAUUACAUCAGACCUUAUGUGGAAGGUCAAGGCAGCCAUCACAGAUUCUACAGGGAUAAUGCUAUCUGGGCACUGAAAAAUCUCGGAUUCAGAUAUCCAGAUAAGGUAAGAGACCUGCUAGUUCCUCUACUCUUCAAUCAGACUGAGCACUAUGAAUUGAGGCUGGCAGCAUUCACGUUGCUGAUGAUGUACAGACCCGCGCUCUACGAAAUCGAAGGUCUUGCCAGAGCUUUGAAAUACGACCGCGAUGACCAAGUCAGAUCUUUUGUCUACAGUACUUUCAAGUCUCUAGUCAACUCAACGCAUCCCUGUGAUAGGAAAAUUUCCAACGAUGUUCAUUACGCUCUGCGCAUUUUGGAUGAAGUUCACCACGAAUUUGAACAUUACGACUACACUUACUCACAACAUCAUUACGUUGGUGGAUAUGAUCACGAUUAUGAUUUUGGAGGUUCCACUCGUUUCGCAUACUUUGCCAGUGACACCGGAUACAUUCCACGAACAGUUUACCUUGGCGUCGAUGACUUCAUUGGCGGUAAAGCUUUCCAGACUUUCGGAAUUGGCGUGAAACAAUUCGGAUUAGAGAAGUUCUUGGAUAAGAUCAUCGGACCAGAGGGUUCUUUUGGUAAACGAUCCUUCUUCGACCUCUUUAAGAAACGCGCAAGGAGAGAUGUCAGCGGAGUCGAGAAAGAACUUAAUGAAAUUAAAGGAAAGUUGAAACUCCCAGUUCAUGACUAUGAGCCUAUUCUUGGUGAAAUUUUCUUCAAGUACAUGGGCAACCACUUGCAGUCAUUCUUUUUCGAUGAACAUACUUUCGAAGAUUUCUUCAAAGAAGGUCGCUUUGUAAUUCCAAACCUUCCAGCAUUGUACCAAACGGUAGCAGAGUUCACGUACCAAAGAUUUAUUCUUAGCGUUGACCAGUACUACAUAAUACCUAGUGAGUCAGGAGUACCCAUCAUUUUUGACUACAAACAACCUGUAUACUUUCACCACCACAACAAAGAAUCUAGCUUAAAGGUAGAGCCUGGAUUCUUCCCUGAAGAUAGAGGAGGAAAAUUCCCAAAUAGUAUUAAAGCAAGCACAGACGGGCACUUUGCAGUGGACAAGCAGUUGUUCGCCACCAUGGGUGUCUGGAUUCCUUUUGAUCAAGUUGUUUUCGGAGGUGGAAUAAACCGCCGCGCAACCGUGUCUUUACCUCUGAAACUGAGCCUCGAACUUAUCUACAAGGAUAAAAAAGUAAAGACACACUGGACACCAGUUGCACCUCAUGAAGUGUACCAUUUCAAGUACGAGCCAUUCACAUUUGUUGAUUCGUAUGUCAAUACCAUACCACGAGUUCUGGAGCAAGGUUAUAAGCCUGUUCGCAAAGUACACCACCAUGAGGAGGAAACACAUUACCUGCAUGACACUUUCGGAGUUGGAUUUGACGUGAAAGCCGAUUACGAAAACGAAUUCAAUGACUUUGGAUCUUUCUUGGAUUUCUUCUUUGAGAAAGAUUACCGACAGAAGUUCUACUACCUCUUUGCUAACCCUCACUUUUCAAGAUACGACGUAAACGUUCAGUUCAGCCACGCCAAAGAAGGAGCCACUAAACAGGUUGAUACAGAGUUCACCUACAAGUACUACGAUGAAGACUACACUUCUCCCCACCUAACCCAGGAAUCUUUCGAACCUUAUGCUAAACCAGAAGACAGAGGACAACUCUACACAUGCGCAUUGGAGGCAGAAGUGACAGCUACCGGAGACAAGGAACGGAAGCUAGAAGGAGAAAUCACCUGGGCAAGAAAUCUAAGACGUUGCUACCACAAAGUGAACUUCUACUACAAAAGAACACCUUUUACUUCUGAUGACACAAGAACCCUGAAGGUAUGUGGCAGCAGCUACCUGAAAUAUCCCAAGUACGAUCUGAUCAAAUUAGCAACCCUAAAUACCAUUGAUUUGGACCACACUGUGCAAAGUGAACUGAAAGCACACUUUGGAAAAGACUGUAGCUCAGACCAGAAGAUCAAAGUACAGGGACAUUUUGAGGAAACCGAAGAGCAGAAAGAGUUCGAGAAGAGACGAGAAGAACCCGACACACCAGAACACUACAACGAGUACUCUCACUAUUACCAUGAGUGUCAGAAGGAAAGAGCACGUGGUCUCAACUAUGGAGAAAACUGCUGGAAGUAUAUGGAAGUCGCUACCACUGUCCACAAGUACAACUUCGACGUCAAGUAUGAGCAUCUGUCUAACCGCUUCCUCAACUUCACUUACAAAGUCGGAGGAUUCCUCAGACACCUCCUUCACAACCAUGCUGACCACAACAUGAUCGAUGUCCACAAUCCAGAGGGUGAAUUGCACUUCUCAGCAAACUUUUCUUCCAAGUUGCCAGUUGCAGACAUCCAUGUCGUCAAACCACAUGUUGUCAGCAACUAUUACAACGUCUACUUCCCCAGGUAUCACGGAUUCAGAACCUUCCCUGACUUCGAAGAAUAUCACAUCAAGAACUCCUUCAGCGACAUAUAUUGCGACAUUGAAGGAGAUCACGUGACCACUUUCGAUAAAUAUGAAUACACACUACCACCCAUCGAUUGCUACAAAGUGAUUGCAAGAGAUUGCUCGCCUAAUGAACAUUUUACUAUUUUGGCCACCAAAAUCACUCAUCCAAAAUACCAUAAGGCAGUUAAAGUGUUCCUUGGCAAACACAAGAUUGAGGCUCUCCCUGUGUCAGAAGAUUCCGAGAUCAUUGUCAGGGUAGACGGCAAGAGAGUGUCAGUGACUGGCAACGAACCUUACUUCCACAGAGAGACUGAGGAAGCAGCCCCAGAUUUCUAUAUCACCUUCAGAGAUUUCUACUACGCACUGCACUCGGAGAAGUACGGACUCAUAGUUGAAUACGAUGGACAUGCCAUUUCUAUACAGGUAUCACCUUUCUACCGAAACAAACUAUGUGGUCUGUGUGGCAACUACAACGGCCAGAAAUAUGAUGGUUACACGAAUGCUGAUGGAUGUUACUACGAAGACGAGAAGGCUUAUGCCUACGCUUAUGCUAUCCCAUCCGACACUUGUACGGUACCUCAAGCAGAACUAAAGUGCCCAGCUGAAGAUGGAUUUGGCUGCACCAAACUACGAACCAAAGUUCUUCAACUGAGUUCAGGCAAGGUACCACAAACAUGCUUCUCAACCGAACCUGUUCCAGAAUGUACAGCCCACUGCAAAUCUAGAGGAACCAUCACUCGCCAAGUUUCAUUCCAUUGUCUCCCAGCCAAAGAUGAUUCCACCAAGGCUCUACUCAGGCAACAGCAAUCUCGUGUCCUGUACGAAGUCAGGAGGAAAAGUCAUGACCACGAAGCUGCAGUAGAGAUACCAGAUGGAUGCCAGCACGAAUAGUCACCAAUAGCCGAUUGUUUUUCCGAGGCUUCAUAAUGACACUUAUGUUUUUGACCGAGUUAAGAUUUCCACGAACAUACAUAAAUUCUAGGCAGUGUAAUAACAGGACGCUGCAAUCAUUUAAAAUGAGUAUUAUUAGCCAGAAAAAUUUUGAACCAUACUACCUUUCAACUUAAAAAAGGCUGACGACAACCAAAUACCCAAGUAAAUUGAAGGGAGGAUUAAAAAUUCUAACGAACUACUUUAAAAUAUUUAAUGAUUUAAAUUGUUCAGAAAGACCUCGGAAAACUGAUUGAAUGUCAUAAAAGUACAAGCAUUUUGUCGUUUGUGAAGUCUUCACGUCGUCUUGCUUGCACAAUUUCAAGUAUUUUCUAAUGUGGAUGUCUUCUUUGUUUCCAAUGUUCAACACUAUAUCCCCCUUAUGUUCUCACAAUACUACAUGUUUCCCCAUGAAGUAACUUUGUACCUCUUUUUUCCCCCCCAAGAAUGUUAAAUCGUUUCGAAAGAGAAGGCAAUGUGUUCAGUUUUGUUUCGUGUUCUGCAAUAAAGUUUUUUUCUGAAACUACAGAUUUUCAUUGCAUUCUAAAAACUAUUCUCAUAUCUUUCCAAUAAUUAAGAUGUUAUACAGUAUCAUCCAAAAAGCAUAAUAGAAAGUAAACGAUCGUUGUGGAAAAAGGCAAGCUUCAAGAACAUGAAACCUACUUCAUUGAAUAAAGAUAGGAAUGACAUUUAUUAUUCAAAAUACUCCAGAUGUCUAACGACUCCGACUAUAGUCUUACAAAGUAGCUUCUGAAAUUCUGUAUAACUUUCUGGUUUGUGUCAGGACCAACAAAUGUAUCCAUCUCACUUCCGAUGACCAAUUUCAGGUCCUCCAGUGAAUCAGCGGAUUUUCGGAAAAUUCUGCCUUUGAUGUAGCCCCAUAAGAAGAUGAAGUCACGUGAAUUUCUUUGCAUCUAAUUACACUCACCAAACUUCGUUUCCAGCCACGUGAAGAUGUCAAUAGUUUCCCGAGGACGAGUACCGCUCUACAUGAACAUUAGUGACGAGCCAUGUUUAGAAAGCAUGCUUUAAAGCUCAAUUUACGCGCUAUCAACUCUCAGCACUUCACUUCUGUGACCAUACGGUCUAUGAAAAUCGGACGAAGUAUCCUCUUCGAUAAUAUGGCACAUCUCACCGUGACCUUUUGUGGAAAUACAGUGGUAAGUCGACACUAAGAUGAGGUAACUCAAUGGCACCAGUUUUGCUUGCAGAAGAGGUUUCGGAACCGGCUUUAUAAGAUUGAAGUCGGGGACGGUACGCAUUUCGAGCGUCUUGUUUGUGAAAUGUCAUUCAUAUCUUUUUUCAAUAAAAUAGGUUUCAUGUUC